AUGGCGAUGCUGCACACCGGCGUCCACGGUGUUGAGGGCCCCGAGGCGCUGCAGACCGACGUGGUCGAUGGCCUCGUCGUCGCGCGCGCCGAGGCGGGCGACUACAUCGUCGCCAUCAGUCCGUUCCUCCCGGUGCUCGCCAAGCGACUGGCCGCGCGGAUACAGCGGCAAGGUCGGUGCGUCGGCGACCUGCUGCAGAACGUCCAGCUGGAACCACUGCGCUCGCUUGCGCAGCUGUUGUGGACGCUCGAGACGCUGGCGACCGCCCAACGCGCGCCCAAGCUUUUGGUCGUGGACAUGGCGUGCCUCCAGCAGGCCACGCACGACGCUUACGAGCUCGGGCUUAUACGAUCCAUCUCGCUGCAGCUCAAACGACUGGGUCGACUCUUCAACUGCAGCGUUCUGCUCGUCGGUCUCGGGCCCACGCACCACGUGCUGUGGCAGGGCAGUUUGCACAGCACGUUAACGCUCCGCGCGACGAGCUCCGAGGCGACGAGUCUGCGUCUCGUCACGGCCACGCGCUCUAGCUUUGUGCAUCCGCAAUGA